CCUCCUCCCCCUUCAGGCCGUCUCUUCCCUCCGGUUCGCGGGAACCUGGCUGGGCGGCCGUGCCUAGGCACCGAGCGGGUGCUCUGGGGCGGAGAGUCACGUGAGGAGUCCGAGUGCCGGGCAGGAGGCGACCCACCGCGGUGGAAGAGGAGCCGCCUUCCUUCACUGACAGCGUGGGGUCGCGGAGCGCGCCGAGACAGUUGUUGCUGGCUUGGUAGUGCAGGUGAAUGUCCCAGCACCUCUGGAGGCUGCAGCAAGACCGAAAAAGUUCAAGCCUGCCUGGUCCGCUUAGCCAGUUCACAGGCAGCAACUGAUAGUGAAUUCCUAAGAAGGAAGCAAUGAACUGCAUAUUGGUUGUUCAUUAAGUGUUUGGACUCAAAGGUAUCCAAGUUUGUUGCCAAGGCCGAAGAAGAUGGCAACCCCUUAUGUCCCAGUUCCGAUGCCAAUAGGAAACUCUGCUUCCAGCUUUACAAACAACAGAAAUCAAAGGAGCUCUUCUUUUGGCAGUGUGUCAACAAGCUCAAACUCUUCCAAAGGCCAGCUAGAAGACUCAAAUGUGGGCAGCUUUAAGCAGACGAAUGUCCAGGAUCAGUUGGACAGUGCAUCAUCAGUCUGUGGCAGUCCGCUCAUUAGGACUAAAUUUACAGGUACAGAUUCAUCCAUUGAGUAUUCUACUAGACCAAGAGACACUGAAGAACAGCAUCCUGAUGCAGUAAAUUGGGAAGAUAGACCUUCAACGCCUACAAUUCUAGGUUAUGAGGUUAUGGAAGAGCGGGCCAAAUUUACCGUAUAUAAAAUCCUAGUAAAGAAAAGCCCAGAAGAAAGCUGGGUAGUUUUCAGAAGAUACACUGACUUCUCCAGACUGAAUGACAAAUUAAAAGAGAUGUUUCCGGGAUUUCGAUUAGCACUUCCUCCAAAACGCUGGUUUAAAGAUAAUUACAAUGUGGACUUUCUAGAAGAUAGACAAUUAGGAUUACAAGCAUUUCUUCAAAAUUUAGUAGCUCACAAGGACAUUGCUAACUGCCUUGCAGUGAGAGAAUUUCUUUGUCUGGACGAUCCACCAGGUCCAUUUGAUAGCCUAGAAGAAAGCAGGGCUUUCUGUGAGACGUUAGAAGAGACUAACUACCAUUUACAGAGAGAACUGCUAGAGAAGCAAAAAGAGGUGGAGUCCCUGAAGAGACUGCUCGGGGAAAAGCAACUUCACAUAGAUGCGUUAGAGAACAGAAUCAGAACGUUGUCCUUAGAACCUGGAGCAUCACUGUAUGUGUCAAGAGCAGAAGGUGGACAGAUCCUAAGGGUGGAGUCCUCUGUACUUCAAGUCAAUCGGGAUGUCUUGGAUGAAGAUUCUAGAGCUGAUCAUAAGCCACACUUCAACUCUAGAGAAGCUGGAAGUGCAGUAGCAGACAUAGAAGUCGCACAGUUGGCAUAUAAUGCUGACGAUGACUAACACACUGGUGACUGCUCCCUCCACUUCAUCAUUUCAACAGACGUCAGCAGAGUAGCAAAUGCACCCUAAUAGACUGAAACUGAACAAGAAUGCACGUGUAUAAAGUUUACAUAAAGUUUUUUUUAAGUUAUUGGAAUAGGAAUUAUAUUCACUGCUGCUUUCAAUGUCUUUUAUCCAGCAUUGUAUUUACUACGUUGAAAAAAAAAACAGAAUUGUUAUCAGGGCCCAUAUUCUUAAAUACUUUACAUAAAUUAUUACAGUGGCUUGCCUGUAUAUUGCUCCAGACUACUGUGUUUGUGAGUGUAUAUGUGUGUGCUUGCUUGUCUUAAAUCACCACUUAUAUUAGGUGAAAAUUAAUUGCAUGUUAGAAUCUGGGUAAUGUCUCUAUCUCAGAUAUGAUGUAGGUUUAAAUCAGUGAACACCACAGGAAGGAUAAAUAAGAAUCCAGUUUGAAAUGUUAAUGUGUCUAUCAUCUCUAGAUAAAAAUUGCUUAUUUGAAAUAUUAAUAUUAUUUAAAAGAAGAUGACUUUCUAGAACCAAAGAUAAUGUGUUUUGAAGAGCUAAAAUUAGAUAGGCAAAUUGAUAAAAUAGCCUUGAUUGAAAUGAUGAUUAAUUAAUGUCAAGAUACUUAAUUGUAAGUGUCCUGGUUUAUUAAUAUAUUAUACUUGGAUGUUUUCUGCAUAAUCUUCAACUCAGUUUUCUACCCAUAAAUUCACUGGGGUUUGCCUCAUUCAGAACACUACCUCUUUUUGCUAAUCAAGGCACAUUCUUUUCAAAAUAUAUUACAGUUUUGAGGCAAGUGAGUUAUAGAAAAAAAAAUAACCAUAUAUACUGCAAAGUUCCAAAGUAGCUUGACUCCUGGUGUUCCAUAUGCAUUUUUGUGUAUGUGAAGGUGUUAUGCUGUACUAUGGCUGAUUUUGUUUAUAUGUAUUUAGCCAACUGAUGCACUUUAUGAUAAUUAAACUCAUUUGUGCCAA